UUUCAGAUGGAUCGGACUGAAGACAAGUACGGACCAGAACAGAGCAGCAACUACAUCAAGUCAUUGGCUAAACUGGCUUUUAAGCAGCUGCUAAAGGGAAACUUGAUCUUCUAUGAGGAAGAUCUGAAAGAGAGCGGCAUCGAUGUCAGAGGAGCCUCAGGCCUCAGUGUGUUCAGGAGUGUUCACAGAGAUCUUUAAACAGGAGCGAGGGAGGAAAACCAAGGACAAGAUGUUCAGCUUUGUUCAUCUGAGCGUUCAGGAGUUUCUGGCUGCUGUUCACAUGAUGCUCUGUUACACCAACGGGAAGAUGGAGGAACUGGAGGAGUUUCUGAAAGACUCCAAUGCUGCUCUGGAUGUUGUCCUGAGUAAAACCAUGUUUAAAUCCCUCCUCAGUCCAAGUGGCCACCUGGACCUGUUUGUUCGCUUCCUUCAUGGCCUCUGUCUGGAGUCCAACCAGAGAAUCUUAGGAGGUUUGUUGGGUCACACAUGGAUCAGUCCACAAACCAUCAAGAGAAUCAUCAACAACCUGAAGGAGAUGAACAGUGAUAGAAUCUCUCCAGACAGAAGCAUCAACAUCUUCCACUGUCUGAUGGAGAUGAACGACCACUCAGUCCAUCAGCAGAUCCAAGAGUUCCUGAAGUCAGAGAACAGAUCAGAGGAACUCUCCUUGAUCCAGUGCUCAGCUCUGGCCUACAUGCUGCAGAUGUCAGAGGAGGUUCUGAAUGAGUUGGACCUGAACAAGUACAACACAUCAGAGGAGGGACGACAGAGACUGAUCCCAGCUGUGAGGAACUGCAGAAAGGCUCAACACACUUUGGUUCUAAUCUCUGGGAUCUGGUGGAACCAACAGAGCUUCACACUUUGUGAUGGAUGAGACCAACUGAGCUACAGCUGCUUCAGCUUCAACAUUCAUGAAGUCAGU